GUGGUAUGGGGGGCAGCACGCCACACCAAGCAGCCCUAAAUUACUGAAUAUUUUCUCACUAAUGAAAUAAUUUUAAACUCUCCUAAGUCCGAACGUUACUUCGGACCAAAACCCAUUUUCGAAAUAAAUUCUAAUGUUGAAGCUGCUCCCAUGGCGGCGUCAAUCUUCACCCCUGAAAUGCCAAGCCAUUUUUCUUAUCUCUCGUUUCCUAACCCAAGACGCUUACGACCCGCCCUUUGCUCUUCUCUCCGAACCCAAGAAAACCCAACCUCGAAACAAUGACCCCAAACCCAAGAAAGCCCCGACUCAACGACCUCUCAAGUCGGAUCUUCCCUUCGAUUUCAUUUAUUCGUAUUCGGAGUCUAAUCCCUCCGUGGAACCCAUCGGAUUCCGAGAAUCCCCCAAAUUCUCACCUUUCGGCCCUGGCCGGCUUGACCGUAAAUGGACUGGGACUACUGCUCCGGCCCGGAAGGUCCCUGACCUGGAUAAGCUGGCGAAGGAACGGAGUCGGGUUCUUGGAGACCCACUUACGGAGGACGAAGUUUCCGAACUGGUUGAACGGUACCGCCAUAACGAUUGUUCCCGGCAGAUCAAUUUGGGGAAGGGGGGAGUGACUCAUAACAUGUUGCUCGAUAUCCAUAACCAUUGGAAGAGAGCUGAAGCUGUAAGGAUCAAGUGUUUGGGUGUACCUACUCUUGAUAUGGAUAAUGUGUGCUUUCAUCUGGAGGGAAAAUCUGGUGGGAAGAUUAUAUACAGGCACAUUAACGUCCUCCUUCUAUAUCGGGGUCGAAAUUAUGAUCAUAAGAACAGACCAGUUAUUCCUGUAAUGUUGUGGAAGCCUUAUGCACCCAUUUAUCCUAAGCUUGUGAAAAAUGUCGCUGAAGGCUUGACAUUUGAGGAAACAAAGGAAUUGAGAAACCAAGGUCUCAACUCUCAUCCUCUAAUGAUACUAACUAGGAAUGGUGUGUAUGUCAAUGUUGUUGACAGAGUGAGAGAGGCCUUUGAGACUGAAGAGGUAGUGAGACUUGACUGCACCCAUGUCGGUACCAGUGACUGCAAGAAGAUAGGUGUGAAACUAAGGGAUCUUGUACCUUGCGUACCCAUAUUGUUCAAAGACGAGCAGAUCAUACUCUGGAGGGGAAAAUCAGAUAGUAACAAGACUUCAGAGAAUUGAAGUUUCAUGUCCAUAGAUAGUAACCAGUCUGUGGCUCUAGAAUUUCAAGUGGUUUAAGUUAAUUACAUGCUCCUUCAAUUCGGACACAGCAGCCCCAGAAUGCAACCAUUCUUUAUAGUCUGAUGCUGUUUGUUGGUGGCUUUUCAGUUUGCUCACAUCUCAAUUUCUUGAUUCUUCGAUUACGUGUAAGAUCUUUUGGUGACGUUUUUAUUGAUCUUUGUCACCACUUACCCUCCAAA